AUGGGAUCGCCUUUAUCCCCAGUCAUUGCCAACAUCUUCCUCGAAGAGUUUGAACAACUAGCGCUUCUUUCAGCCACCAAACAACCAAAACUCUGGCUCCGAUACGUCGAUGAUACUUUCAUCAUUUGGCAACACAGUAAGGUGUACCUAGAUGGUUUUCCAGAUCACCUGAAUUCACAGCACAAAUCAAUCAUGUGUACCAUGGAGGAGGAACACAAUCGCUCUUUACCCUUUCUUGAUGUUUUGGUAACCAGACAGGACGCAGGGACUUUGUCACAUGCAGUCUAUCGCAAACCAACACACACCGACAGAUAUCUAAACAAACGCUCGUUUCACCAUCCGUCCACCAAGAAGGGAGUUUGUAACGCAAUCAUCAAAAGAGCACAUUGCAUCAGCGACCACAACUCCACCCAGAAAGAAGUGCAACUUGUUGAGGCAGCCCUAUUUUCCACUAUUUGA